UGUACAAAUGGGUAGGAUUAUUACACAUUUACCGUUACAAAUAAUGUGUGCAUUUAAUAUGCAAAAUUUAAUUUCAUCAUCAUCAUCCAUACUAAUAUCUAUUUAUCUACUACUCUAAUAAUAGUGUUUUUGCAGUCUCUUAUUUUGCCAAACGAUGGCGACAUAACUGAAGUAAUACUGUGUGCGGAAGUGACACUUAAAUUCUCGGACGGCCAUUGGUUUAAAGUAACUAAAGCACCGCCCUUUCAAUGACGUCGCCACAAAUUUAACCAAUCAACUGCCGGUACUCCGUUUCACAAAACUCAUUUCUCAAUUACUACACACGACUUUCAGCUGAGGAACCUGUAGUAGGCCUUAAUCCACAAUAAUUUUUUUUUUUUUUUUUACUUUUUUGACCGGCAUGGAUUCGAGACGUCUAAAGCACCAACCCGCAGAAAAGCAGGAGGGGACCCCGAUCCAGAUAAAGGGAGUCCGCAAAUCUUCUCGAACAGUCUUGCCACCCAAACGCCUUCGAUACUACCCUGCUGCUCUACUGCCACCCAGGAGACAGCGCAACAUAGAAAACGACGAGGACGAACAAGACGAUGUUUCAGUUGCGGAAAACAACAAGGAAAUUACAAAUGACAAAGGACUUUCAGCUUAUGAAUUGGAGCGUUUGGAAAACAUCAGGCAAAAUCAAGCCUUCCUCUCUGCUAUCAAUCUGUUUCAGGCGUCUGAUGAGUUGAAACGGUCGUCGGCGAAGCUGCAACCAUCCCAGAGGGGUCUUGCGAGGUCACAUUCGGAGGUAAAAGAAGUGCUGCCGCCUCGCAAGUCCCUGCGUCUCCAAAACAAACAAGCAGAGGUCUGGACCCUUCCCCCUGAAUCCAACAGAUGGAGUGUCCCAGGACCGGAUUUGUGGGCAAAGAAGCCUGCAGGUCCUCUAUCCAUGGAGCCUAUCAACAUGGCUGAAGCAAGCAAACUGCCACCUCAGCUUCUCAGGCUCUGCUCUGAUGUAGGAGGCACUCAAGUGGUCUCGCCAAAACAAAUGGGAGAACUUAAUUUGUCAAAGUACUGCUCCACGCUGGGGAAGAUGAGGAUUAGUGAAGACAAAGUGGCCAAAGUGGUGAUGGACCACAUCUUCUCAGCAGCCUUCCACCCUUCUUCCACAAGUCUGCUAAUGGCCGCUGGCGACCAGAAAGGGAAAGUCGGCCUCUGGAGUUUAGGUGAAGACUGGGGAAAUGAUGGCGUUCUUCUCUUUGAGCCCCACAGUCGCUCAGUGGGCUGCUUGGCUUUCUCCAGGGCGCAUUCCACACAGCUGCUGAGUCUCAGCUAUGACGGAUCUCUGCGCUGCAUGGAUGUGGAAAAAGCUGUCUUCGAUGAUGUGUACAACGUUGAAUAUGGGCUGAAAACCUUUGACUUCCUGUCACAUGACUGUUUGGCUCUGGUGGUCGGGGACUGGUACGGAAAUGUGGCCAUCGUGGACAGACGUACCCCAGGAACCUCACACGAGUCUUUCCACUCACUGGACCCCAAAGUUUUACGCUGUGUCAGCGUUCAUCCUCUACAGCAGCAAUACUUUGUAGUGGCAAAGAACAGGGAGGUGAGCAUUUAUGACAUUCGAAGUCUGAAGAAGAAUGAAAGCCAGCCUGUCUGCCAGCUGAAUGGUCACUCUUUAAGCAUAUCCAGCUGCUUUUUCUCACCCUGCACGGGCAACAGAGUGGUCACUUCUUGCAAGGACAACCGCAUAAGGGUAUAUGACACGUCUUCCCUGAUGUCUGAAGCCCCCCUGCUGAAGUCCAUCAGCCACAACAUGAAUACGGGUUGCGGGGUGUCCACACUGUCGGCCGUGUGGGACCCCAAACAGGAGAACUGUCUAAUAGUGGGAAGCGUUUCUUGGCCGCGCAAGGUGCAGGUGUUCCACGAGAGCGGCCGACUCUUACAGUCCUUCGAAGACGAUGAGCUCCUCCACACCGUGCAGUCAGUCACUGCUUUCCACCCCACCAGGAACGCAAUCCUGGGCGGCAACUCGUCAGGACGCCUGCACGUCUUCUCUGAUUGACACAAUAUUAAAACAUUCACAAGUUGUUACUGCUGGCAGUCAUCCAUCUGGAUGUCUGUUAAACUAUUAUUUGUGAUAAAUAACAACAAAACCUUGUCAGAAAAGUAUUAGUUUAAAACAAGUUAUCUUGUUAAACUGUUUUUGUUUGUUUUUAAUUCAGUGCAAAUGUUUGUUGAGUUCAAAUUGUAUUACGGUUUAAUUUAGAAACUGAUUCUAUAAAUUUUAUCUAAGUAACUUUUCAGUGGUGUUCAUUUCAAAUGACCGCCUCUAGAUGUAUUGU